UUUUUGUUUUUUUGUUUUUAAAAGUGUGUAACUAAAACGCAAGCAAAAAAAACUGGGCGGUGUUUGAACAUGUAACUUGACUUACUAACUUAAAAACUAUUAUCUGUAGUUAACUAUUCAAAGGAAGACCGACUAAAUCCCAAACAACCAUGUCUUCUAGUCUGCUCACUAACUACUGCGCCGAACUCCAUGACGAUCAAGAUCAGAAAUUGGACAGGUACUUGCACUAUCUUCAGCUGCCUGAUGAAAUGCUGAUGGAUAUAUCAAUGAGAUUUCGACGAGAAAUGGACAAAGGCCUUUGCAGAGACACCAACCCCACGGCUAUUGUAAAGAUGCUGCCAACUUAUGUACGCUCAACUCCAGACGGGACAGAACAAGGAGAAUUUCUGGCACUUGACCUUGGUGGAUCCACCUUCCGGGUGCUUCUGGUUACAGUUAUGGCUAAUGGCGAGCCAAAGGUGGAUAUGGAAAAUCAGAUUUACACUAUUCCUGACCAUCUUAAGAGAGGCUGCGGCUCCGAGUUAUUUGACCAUAUAGCUGAAUGCCUGGCUGAUUUCCUGGAGAAGUUAGGAAUAAAAGACAAAAAGCUUCCUCUUGGCUUUACCUUCUCUUUUCCUUGUCAACAGAGCAAGUUGGACGAGAGUAUAUUGAUUUCUUGGACCAAAGCCUUCAGGGCAAAUGGAGUAGAAGGAAAAGAUGUUGUCAACCUCCUGCAGAGAUCUGUGAAUAAACGAGGGGACAUCAGUGUUGACAUUAUGGCUGUCAUUAACGACACAGUCGGAGCGAUGAUGACCUGUGGGUAUGAUGAUCGUAACUGUGAGAUUGGUCUCAUUGUCGGAACAGGGACGAAUGCCUGUUACAUGGAACAAAUGAGGAACCUUGAGUCGCUGGAUGGUGAUGAAGGGCAGAUGUGUGUCAAUACAGAGUGGGGUGCUUUUGGAGAUGACGGUACAUUGGAGGACCUGCGUACAGAUUUUGACAGAGAAAUAGAUGCUGGCUCUCUGAACCCUGGCAAACAGCUUUUUGAGAAGAUGAUCGGUGGAAUGUACAUUGGAGAACUGGUACGUCUCAUCCUCGUGAGAAUGACCAAAGACCAGCUUCUGUUCCAGGGCAAGACUACAUCCCAACUCCUUAUGACUGGAAAGUUCCCUACCAACUACAUCUAUUCCAUAGACACUGACAACAGAGAAGAAGGUCUGAUGAGUGCUCAAAAUGUGCUUCAGAGCCUUGGCCUUGACCCAACCUUGGAAGACUGCAUAGCGACUCAAAGAGUGUGUCAAAUUGUUUCCACACGGGCUGCACAUUUGUGUGCUGCCACUCUAGUUGCAGUGCUCCGGCAGAUCAGGGACAACAAAGCAACUGAGAAGCUGCGCAGCACCAUUGGAGUGGAUGGAUCUGUAUACAAAAAUCAUCAAGAGUUUUCUCGAAGGCUUCACAAAAUGGUACGGAGGCUAGUACCUGACUGUGACGUCCGUUUUUUGAGGUCUGAGGUUGGAAGUGGGAAAGGCGCAGCCAUGGUGACAGCUGUAGCCUUACGUCUUGCUGCUCAGAAUGCUGAGCGUCAACACAUACUUGACACUCUGCGUUUGAAUCGUGAGCAGCUGAUGGAAGUGAAAAGACUAAUAAGUGAAGAUAUGGUACGAGGCUUGUCAAGGCAAGCACACAAUCAGGCUAGCAUCAAGAUGCUUCCAACAUUUGUCGGCUCUACUCCAGAUGGAUCAGAGCAUGGAGAUUUCUUGGCUUUGGACCUUGGCGGCUCAAGUUUUAGAGUGCUGCUCGUGCGUGUGCGAAGUGGCAAAACACACGUUGACAUGCACCAUAAGAACUACAGUAUUCCACAGGAGACAAUGCAGGGCACAGGGGAAGAGCUUUUUAGCCAUAUUGUGGACUGCAUCGCCAACUUUUUGGAAAAUAUGGGUAUGAGAGGAGCAUCCUUACCUUUGGGAUUUACAUUCUCCUUCCCCUGUCACCAAAGCAAACUGGAACAGGGCAUUCUUCUGAAGUGGACAAAAGGCUUCAAAGCUAGUGGUUGUGAGGGUCACGAUGUUGUUACGUUACUUAAGGAUGCUGUGCGAUGCCGAGGGGAAUUUGACUUGAGCUUCGUGGCAGUAGUUAAUGAUACAGUAGGAACCAUGAUGACUUGUGGUUAUGAGGACCCCAAGUGUGAAGUGGGACUGAUUGUUGGCACAGGGACCAAUGCCUGCUACAUGGAGGAGAUGCAGAAUAUAGAAAUGGUGGAUGGUGAUGACGGACGCAUGUGUGUCAAUAUGGAAUGGGGAGCAUUUGGUGAAAACGGCGAACUGGAUGAUUUCCUCACAAACUUCGACCGUGUUGUUGAUGCCUCCUCAAGCAAUGCUGGAAAACAGAGGUAUGAGAAGCUGAUCAGUGGCAUGUACCUGGGAGAGAUAGUGAGACAUGUUUUAAUGGAGUUCACUGCAAAGGGUUUACUGUUUCGAGGGAAACUGUCUGAGCGACUCAAGACCUGGGGCAUCUUUGAGACAAAAUUCCUGUCACAAAUUGAAAGUGACCGUUUGGCCAUGCGUCAGAUCCGUUUCAUCUUGCAGCACCUUGGUCUUACCAGCUCAACGUGUGAUGACAGUGUCCUCGUGAAGGAGGUUUGCAGCGUUGUCUCACGCCGGGCAGCACAGCUCUGUGGUGCUGGUUUAGCUGCUGUGGUUGAUAAAAUAAGACAGAACCGCAACAUGCAACAGCUCUCAGUUACAGUUGGGGUUGAUGGCACCCUUUAUAAGAUGCACCCUCAUUUUGCAGGAGUCGUGCAAGAGACAUUGCAGGAUUUGGCACCACAGUGCAAGGUGACAUUCCAUAAGUCUGAGGAUGGAAGUGGAAAAGGAGCAGCACUCAUAACCGCAGUGGCCUGUAGAAUCAGGAGUAAUACACUGGCCAAUAGCUCAAACUAAUUUUCUGUACCUUGUCUGCCUACAUAGAAUAUCUGCCUGUAUCUACAUCAUUGUCUGCUUUACAAAAGUUCUGAUGAGUUAUUCUGUUUUUAGGUUUAUUGGAGUCUAUAUUGAUGUGAACUGAUAGUAGGCUUACAUGCAUUAAAUAGACUAAAUUAAAACCAGACUUUCAAAAUUGAUCCUCUUAUGUUUCAGUGUUACUGUUUUUAAAAGUGGUAUGAACUAGUUGUAACACUUGAGACUCUCGAGACCAAAUUUUGAAGGUCUUGGUCUCGGACUUGACUUCCAGAAGUCUGUGCUUUCCUCUUUUCUUUCUGCCAAAGAACCCGCUUUCCACCUCUCCUUCAUCUUCGACCCACUGUAGCUGAAUCCCCACCGGCGCCCUGUAGGUUAACGGUGCUGGUGGCGGGGGUUGUUAACCCGGGCCACGACCGAUCCGGUAUGGAAUUCUUUGGAUGAACCCUCAUAUUUGUUUAGCAAAGUUUUAAGCCGGAUGCCCUUCCUAACUCAACCCUCUGCAUUUACCCGGUCUUGGGACCGGCCUACAGUUUCCACUGGCUUGUGCCCAUCAUACGGCUGCAUUCUCUCACUUCUGUAUAACGAAGGUGAUUUUUUUUUUUCUUGUAAUAAAAAAGACAAGAUUGCUUCCUGACUUAUUCUGUCAGGAAAAGACUUGCCAGAACAGCUGGUGUCAGAAGUGGGAUUCCAGGAAUGAUCGAUUAAAAGUCACUGGCAGAUUAAUGCUGUAUCUUCUGUAUUGGCACCGAUUGUGCCAUUUUCUUCUGGAACCCUUGUAAAAGUGUCAGUUGUUUCCACCAUCUUUCUUGCUUUGUGUUUGUGAUUUCUGUCUCCUGCUCAAUUGACCUGCUGCCCGGAGUCCCUCUCCCCAACAGCCGACUCUAUAUUCUCUAGGCCUAAGAAGGAGACAAUGGAGGAAUAUAUCCAAGGUCCUUCCUGCAUCACUUCCGGGUUAUCGUAAUUUUAAAUUACAGCGUUAUAAAUAAAUAUAUUUUAUAUAUAUGAGGGGCACCACGUCAUAUUUUUACAAGAUUAACUUGAGGCGAAAUGACGACUAACGUUUUUAAUCCGUCUCUUUUCGGAAGGUGGCUUUGAGUUCUAGACUUUCCAGAGGUUUCGUUCUGAACCCAGUCACACAAAACAAUGAUGCAAGUGGUGAAUUGUAUCGAAAAUUUCAUAGUAAAAAGGGGUUUCUACAGGCUAAAACACAAAACAAACAAGGUACAGACGAGCAUUGGCAAAGGAAGGGAUUUGUGACGUGAGAUUAGCAAAAUGGGCGUGUAGUGAAUGCAUAUCGCUGAGGACUCCCCUUCUCGUCAAUUGAAAUGUCUGCAUAAUGGUAGUGCCUUAAUGUAAGCUUUGAACAGACAAUAAAGAUGCUAGGCAAGAGUCUCUCA